UUCAUCUCUGGAAUAUUUGUAACUUCAAUGUUUCAUUUUGGUUAAUUCAUUGAGUAAAUCGAAAUGAUUCCAAUCUUAUUAAAUUUGUUUACUUUUAUAUUUCUCUCAAACUUUUAUAUACUCCAAAUAUCUACUGAAUCUCUUCAUGAUUUUCCUUGGUCAGUGGAUAAAGGAAAUUGGAUAAUAACUGCAAAGUUAAUCUCGUCUAGUGAUGAAGUUUACGAUAUUCGAGAGUACGUUCAUUCAAGUGAAGUUGUUCGCGGUAAAAUUACAAUAUCAUCAGGAAAUGAUAAGUUGGAUAUUUUUUAUUCCAGUGAAUUCGAAAACGAUAGAUUAGUUAUUCAGAACCAACAAUGUACUAAAUUUACUUUCAAAAAUCAAUGGGACAACUUUCUUUUUAACAUCGAUUCGAAAAAGCCUCUUCUUAAUCAUGUACUGUUGACGGGACCUUCGAUUCUGUUCAGGAUCAAUGGAAAGAGUUUAAAUUGGAGAAAAGGAGGAGAUACAAAUAUAAGAGGAUUUCCAGUCCAUUCUGCAAAGACAACGUUCAAUAGAAAUCUUGAUAUUAUUUAUUAUUACAAAACCCAUUUAGAUUCUCCUGGAAUUUUACAAGCGAGUCGAUUACAGUUCGAGGGUAUGGAUUCGUCUCUUCAGCUCGUAACUUUCAGAGAAAAUGUUAACUUGGAUAUUUAUUCAAUUACAGAAACACAAGAAGAGCUUGAUAAGUUUGUUACGGUUACACCAGGAAUCGGUUGUCCUUUGCACCUGAUAACAUCAAAAUCUCAUGACUGGUUUCAGAUACCAGGAAUGUCUUGGUUAGUUAAUUAUCAUUUCGUUGCAACAACAACUGUUUAUGGGCCAAAAAAAUCAAAAACGUUGAGUGAGAUGUUCGUUAACAGUGAAUAUCUAACCACAAGUUUGAAGACAAUAGAACAAGGAAUUAUAACGGAAUCUCUGUACGAUUAUAAUUUGGGAACUGUACAUGUAUCUCUGAGUAAAGGUCGUUGUUUGAACUCUGGUGUUGGUCCGAAUAGUCCAGGAAUAAGUACUUACGGAACAUUCAGUUCUGCUGGUUUUCUCAAUUACGAUUAUGUCUAUGAAUACUCGUAUCUCGGUAAAGUGCACAUCGAAUCGGGAUACGAAACUUAUGUUUGGGAAAGAGUUGAUUACGAUUAUAAAUUUGAGGGAGAAAAAUAUGAUAAAUUCGUUACCAGUCAUUAUUUUGUUUCGUCAGCUGAUGCAAAGUUAUUCAAAGGUUUUAUUCUGGUCAAAACUAAAACAAACAAUUAUAAAAAAGUAAAUAACAGUACAUAUCAAUUUAUCGAAUCCAUUACAAAAGAUUAUUAUGGAUUAGAGGCUGAAUCCGAAGUGGAAUUAUCAUUACGUUUCAGUGAUUGUUACCCUGAUUCUACAGAUAGAAAGACUUUCGAAAUUUAUUUCACUUGUAAAGAAGCAGCAGAUUUGGACUGCGUGAAAUAUGCGGAAAAUCAUUUUAACGAGUUUAUCGCCAAUGCCAAGAAGGCUUUGGCGGGGAAAAAUAUUUCUUCUGGAAGAAUUGUCAAUAUUGAUCUCUCUUUUAAAGAUCGAGAUAUCAUAGUAUCAGUCACCUUUUUGAAAAUUCCCAAUAUUGAAGAUAGUGUAUUCAAAGAAAGAAUAAAAUUGUCCAAGAAUACGAUUUCAAGUUCAUCUCAAGUAUCUGCAGAAUCAGUUGGAGAGUGUCUCCAUAAACAAGCUGGAUUCUAUUUAGCCAAAGAAGUUAUUAUAUUUUGUGAUGCCGAAGAUACAAGGUCCAAUAUUUGUGGUAGGCUUCAAUCUGCAGAGAAAGUUGUCCAAGAGAAUGCUGGUACAAUUUGCGAUGUAUAUUAUCCAGUGAAUAGUUUUUUUCUAUUCAAAAAAGAAAUCGAUCUCGAAUUGGAAGAUCAUAUUCGUCGUCAGACAUUACGCAUCUACUUUACCGGUGGUGUACACACACAUACUAUAGUGUAUGAGAAAACAAAAGUCAUUGACGUAACUUAUGAGUUAGAUAAAAAUAGAGACUCUUUCGUAUUGGUGGCGACUGACAAGAAACUGAUUGAUUCUAAUGGUGAUGUUAUAUCGGCCAAAGAAGUUUCCAAUCUUGGGGAUUGUUAUCGUACUUGUGCUCAUGAUAAUGUCAAUCUUUGUGAGACUUUCGUUUAUUGUCAGUAUACAGAUAAAUCUUCUUGUUAUACAUCAAAUAUUAUCCAUGCUAAUUUAUCCUCGCGAACGACAGAAGAUGAAUCUUGUAAAAUUUACUCAAAGAACCGACUAUUAGAUUACAUUAAGAUAUCUUCAAGAGAAUUUAAAAAAUCGCUUAGCAUCGCUAUUGAUGUACCACUCGAUGAUUGUGCUUCAAUGUGUAGUUCAUCUGAUGAGUGUUUCUCAUUCCAACAAUGUGAUGGUUCUUGUACUUUGAGUGGCUAUUAUACUGAUUCGAUAUCACAGGAAAGUAGCAAUUGCGAUAUUUAUAUUCCGAAAGUUUCAGAACUAUUUAAAUCCACUGGCCGGCAAAUCGUCUCUCGAGUUUUUCACACUGAGAUUAAUUUAAAUUUGGAUCAAUGUGCAGCUCUUUGUGCUAGUUGGACAAAUGCUGGUGAAUUUUGUUUAUCGUUCAACUAUUGUCCUCAAAACGAUGGAAAAAGUUCAUGUAGUUUAUCUGGAUAUACAAUUAACGAUAAAUCAGCAAAUCCGAUUGAUUCAGGAGUUUGUAAAAAUUACGAAUACAAAAAUCAACAAUUAAAUGAAAGAAAUAAUUUUAAACUUACCAUUGGAGGAACAAGCGGAGGAGCUACUUUUGGUAUAAUCAUAUUGUUCAUUGCCGUUGGACUUUUGCUUGGAUUUAUUUUCCCAAUGUUUAUCAAUGGAAAAUUAAAAGAAAUAAUCACCCAAAAGUUUGUUUCAAUAUCUUCCUCGGAACGAGAAAUCAAUUCAUUUGAAUGGACAAGGCAAAUCGAUGAAACUGACAAUAUUCAGUCACUUUAAAAUUUACAUACAUGUUUGUAUUCAUAAAACUGACUAUCAAAUUGAUUUAUUACAAUCAAGUUCGAUGAAAAAUUUUGUGAACAAUAUAACUACAAAUGUAAUAAUUAUCUUUACAAUUAAGCUCAUCUUUUUGUUUUCUCACUCUAA